AUGAAGCACUCAACGUCACGCGGUGCCCUCGUGACCGUUGGAGGCUCUCUGGAUGGCGUAUACAGACGGGACUUCGCAGUCGACCGGUCAUUACCAACGCCCGAUCCCUAUUCCAUCGAUAACUCCCUGCUGGUGGCGGAUGACUCCGACAGCGAAAGUGAGGCACCCGGUGAACCUUCCCGACGAGUCAAGCUCGUUCAGGAUGAGCCCGCAUUGAGCGGUCGAGAGGUCCUCUUUGAGGUCACCAUCGUCCAAACCUUGGCGAGACCCAGCAAUCUCGACUACCUCCUGGAGCAGGAAAAGAACGUGUGGGACAAAACUCGCGAUCUGGCGCGCCAAGCUACCAUCAAGAAUCUUAAGGAACAUACCCGCAACUGGCGAGUCAAAGCUCGUGAGCGGAAGGAGGUGCAUAAGCCCGAAGCCCAAGAAGCUCAUCGCGGCUGCAAGGCUACUUCGGACGAGUAUGUUAUCCACGAACGUUAUCACUAG